AUGAUUCGUACUCGUUACGGAGAGUACUACGGAGAGUACUACGGAGAGUACUACGGAGAGUACUAUGGAGACUACUACGGAGAGUUCUACGGAGACUACUACGGAGAGUACUACGGAGAGUACUACGGAGAGUAUCCGGAGUUUAGUGCCCAUAACCCAGCAGCGUGCCAAGACUUCAGGUUCUGA